GAAUCCUGGUACUCGCCCAUGUAGGCAUCGUGCCUUUCGAAGCAGUUGACCAGUUACGUUUUGAAUAUCGGACAUGGUUUCGAACAGGCAUCGGUGCUUCUGUGUUGCCUGUUGAAAUUGGGUGCCUGAAGUGAAAUAUAUUAUCUUUCUGUGGGAAAUCGCAUCUUGAAAAAUAUUCGGGUUCGAAAACCGGCUGUGGCUCUCACACACAUACAAGCCCAACGUAUCACCACUCCCUGUGCACUCUCAUUGCGUGCAGUGUAUUAUUACUCGUUCUCUUUUUCCGUGAGACUUCAGAAGCCCGCCGAAACUCGACCAGGACAACAGACAUGUCGAUCACAUACAACGUCCGAGAGCUUUAUGGAGGUGCAGUGGCAUUGGAACUGCCCACGGAAUUUAUCGAUUCAAGUGAUAUCCGUCAGAUCCCUGACCACCAAGAAGUCUUCCUCUCCCCCACGACACUCAUGUCAGUGAUUUUCGAAUUGAACGACUACGUCCAACCGAUCCCACUCUCUGGCCAACAACAACAAACCCCGCAGACAAACGGAGCGUUGACACAACAAGACUCCGUCGACGUCGACGCCGCAAAGUACCAUUUCACGGACGUGAUCGCGCCACCGGACACGUUGGCGUCGCCACUCCAGAACCCACAGAAGAUCUCCAUGCGCCACGCGAGUCUGUCUGGGUUCCCGACGUUCGUGGUGGCGGGAAAUAUCAAUAGUGUCGAGUCGAGGUCUCGAGGGCCGCCCCCGUCCACGUCAGGUGAUGGUGGCCGUCAAGCGCUGGCGGCGUCGUCUUCGAACCCGACCCAGAGUAUAGUCUACCAACUCCAACUGCUGGUGAGAAUGAAGAAUUACGCCACGGACCUCUGUGUGCGGAUCAACGUACCGAUGAAGGAGGUUGCCCAGGAUGACGGCGAGGUCGCGGCCGAGGUGGGAUUCGCCAGGGAGCUACUCGAGAGGGUGGUGGCGACUCUGGAAGUGAGAGAUUUUGGACUCUUUGGUGCUGCCGCAUGAGAUGGAUGGAACUUUCCCGGUGGCACGCCGAUCCUUCAAUGCGACGACAACACAAGGAGGGGAAAUUGGAGGCAAAUACGAAACAAAGGGAUUGCAACGGAGGAUAGUGGACGGGGAAUUUACAGUAUCGGUUCUAAACCAACUCGAAAAAAGACGACAACCUCCUUUUACAACGAGCCGGUGAACAUGGCAAUGCGCGAGGAGAGGGAAACUCCCCCCAAAAUAAACCAAAACCAAAAUGAACAGUACUGAGAUUAUUGAGACACGCACAGACCGAAGCGGUGCUUAGCGCCUGGCAUGGUGGGCUACGCAAAGAAGGAGGUCAUGGUAUGAUAUAUGGUCGAGUAAAGGCGGGAAGAUAUAGCCCAUUGAGAUCCGACGAGAAUGGCAAACUUGGAAAAGAGGACCACACAUCUGUUGUUCCGAAAAGAGUCCAUUCCUGGUCAUACCGUCCUAGAUAGGUAGUUAUGUAGGCAAUACCAAAC